CGACCGCUUCAGUGUGGCAUUGGAAGCUGAGGGGAAGGGAGUGCACCAUUUGAGCUCUGCCGCUGACUGAGUGAUGCACUGAAGUUGACGUUUUAUAAGUGCUAGGUGGACGUGCGGAUCUUAGCUGUUUGUGAGGAAGGGAAGAUUAAGUGUGAAGCAUCACUGUCAUCACAUCACAAGUCGUUACGUUUCUUCUCAUCAUCUCUUCUUCAUUGAGUCCUGCAGAGUAAGGAAGAAGAAAGGAGAAUCAGUGCGAGGAAACAAACAAACAAAAAAAAAUACAAGAAAAGCCUUGAGAAGCGACGCCCGUGAAGUGCCAUGGGCGGCGUGCGGGCGGGCGUGGGAGUGCUGGUGGUACUGGCAUGGGCGUGUGUGGGCGUCAGGGGUCACGGCAGACUGAUUGAACCUCCCGGGAGAUCAACGGCCUGGAGGUUUGGUUUCAGUACCCCUCACAACUACAACGACCAUGAGAUAUACUGCGGGGGCUUCGCGAACCAGUGGCAGCGAAACGGGGGCAAGUGUGGCCCGUGCGGCGACCCCUAUCAGAGUCCUCAGCCGCGGGACAACGAGGGCGGCGGCAAAUACGGGCGCGGCGUGAUUGUAAAGAAGUACAAGCACAGCAGCGUGGCGGUGAUCGGCGUGGAGCUCACCGCCAACCACAGAGGCUUCUUCGAGUUCCACAUCUGCCCGCAUAACAAUCCCCUGCGUCCCGUGGCUGAGCAGUGCCUCCAGCAGCACCUCCUGAAGCAGGCUGACGGCAGCGGGGCUAGGUACUACCCCGGACCGGGCUCCAAGAAGUUCUUCGCCAGGUACCGACUGCCGGCGGGGAUGACGUGCAAGCAGUGCGUGCUGCGAUGGCGCUACGUGGCGGGCAACAACUGGGGCAAGUGUGAGAACGGCACGGGCAUGGUGGGCUGCGGGCCACAGGAGGAGUUCCGUUCGUGUGCGGACAUCACCAUCACAGAGGAGGACGGCUCGGCGGACGACACCCCGAGCUACGUGCCGGACUACGAGGACGACUACAACGAGGUGGACGUGGAGAGCCACGCCGGCAAGCCCACGCUGGUGCCCGAGGAGCAGGUGAACCACGUGGGGCACGUGGUGGCCCUCACGUUGGCCUUCCUGCUCAUCAUCGUGGUGCUGCUCGGCCUCAUCGUCUACUUCUACUGGGCCAAGGACGCCUUCAAGGGCCUGCUCAAGCGCCAGACGGGUCAGUGGGCCAAGGCCGCCCCGCCGCCCUCCAAGCCUGCCAGCUCCGUAGUCACCAUCUCUGGCCCUCUGGGGGCGCCGCCGCCUGUGCCGCCCCGCCGCAACCGCUCAACCUCAGGAGGGGAAAAAGCCGUCAACUCCAGUGCGAGGGACAUCUCGUCCAUCAGCGCGCCCACACGCGUCACCAUCAACGGCGUGGCGGUUAACACAGGAAGUGGCGACGUGUCCCAGGCGCCCCUGCACGUGCCCGACGAUUAGUGCAGUCCUUUCCCCGCGCCGAGGGUCACGCUGGCAGCCGCUGCCUCGGCGCCUUGACUUACUCGUGUUGAAGCAAACUAGAGACCUUCCGUUGUGUAACAGUCUUGAUGUGAUGAUUUCUCCAUAACGGUUGAUAGGAGUAAGUAGAUAGCGGUCUUGUAUUAUUGUGAUAUCUUGGUACAGUCCAUGUAGGGUUGAAAACUCCCGCGCGGCCUGCCUAUCUCUGCCAGUCCACGAAAUGGCGCCUGGAGGAAACAACACACAACACACGAAAUGGCCGCCCUGCUUCGAUUCCAGAGUCGAUGCACUGAGGCACCGAAGCAGGACUGGGAGGGGUAGGCAGGUCCCUCGCGGCGCACCUAGUGUUUGGAGGAGGAUUAGGCGUGGGAGGCUGUGGACGUGAUCACCAGGAAUGCCUUGAAUGGAGUUGUGGUGCACUCAGGAUGAUUCAAGAGUGAUAGUUACCGGUACAGUUCGCAGAAAGUGAACCCUUGAUCCCGUCAUCGCUUCUCCCUUACCAGUGUGGGGAGGGAUGCGUCAUGGCCGUGCAGUCCCGAGCAGCAGACAUGCAUGCAGAGGGAUACGUUAUAUGAUUAUGUGACGUGUGAGUAGUUACAAGCACGUGGUGUUGGGUACGAGUAUAGACGCUGGUGUAACUCAACUAACUAAUGCGGGAAGUGAGUAGAAAUGGGUUAACAGUGAUUAGAGAGAGAAGAGUUAUACACUUAGUUAUUUAUAUUAAUGUAAACCAUGUAUUGUGAUUAAUAAAUAUUUCCUCAGUAUCAAAGCAAGUCGAGUGCUUGCGAAGAAUUCAUUGCUGGGCCAAAGAACGUGAUCUUGGGUAUAUAUAUAUAUUUUUGAAUUUGAGACGAGACAUUUCUGCCCUGUGGUGUUUGGUUUCAGCUGCGGCCAAGCAUGUGUACAGACUAAUAAACUGACAAAAGAUGA